CAGUCCCAGCAGCAGCAUCUCAUGCCUUUCUCCUGCUCCCGGACAGACAGCCGUCCAUCUGUCCAUCCGUCCGUCCACUAAAGCGGCCAGGAAGCUGGAAACCUGAAGUCGAAGAUGCUGGAAAACGGGAGGAAGGUGUUCAAGGAGGGUCUGCUGGAGAAGCGGAGCGACGGGCUGCUGCAGCUCUGGAAGAAGAAACACUGCGUCCUGACCGAGGACGGCGUGCUGCUGCUGCCGCCCAAGCAGCACGACCAGCCGCAGCACAACCAGCCGCACCACGGCGGAGGGGACGCGGGCAAAGUCAAGGAGCUGCACUUCGCCAACAUGAAGACGGUGGACUGCGUGGAGCGGAAGGGCAAGUACAUCUACUUCACGGUGGUCAUGACGGAGGGGAAGGAGAUCGACUUCAGGUGCCCGCAGGACGAGGGCUGGAACGCGGAGAUCACCUUGCAGAUGGUCCAGUACAAGAACCGGCAGGCGAUCCUGGCCGUCAAGUCCACCCGGCAGAAGCAGCAGCUGCUCGUCGUGCAGAUGCCCGGCCAGAAGACGGUCCGCAGCUCGCCAAACGUUGCGUGACCUGCGGCGAGUUCGGACACUGGUGCACCAUUAGCGGUUAAUUGGACACUCAGCUGGAGGAUGAAUAUUGACGGGGGCUGCACCUCCCCCUGCCGCUUCAACACAGACCUCCAUUCUCCAGGAGAACCCCUCUUCCACGUGUCCACAGACCAGCGUCCCCUUUUCAAUACAGAGACUUAUUUCACAAAAGACUGAUGGACAAAAAGCAUGUGAGAAAACAACUGUACUCUACCGUGCGAUGGGUUUAUCCCUUAUUUAUUAGAUGUAUAUAUAUUUUCUAUAAAGAAAUGUUAUGUUGUUGAUGAAUGUU